ACAUCAAGAUACUAGGAAGUACUGAAAGACUCUUGAGAUUCAGAUGAAGGUUUUGUGCACCUUGCUUGAAAGUUUGGCUUUAAUAUGUUAUGAAAGAAGAAAUCCGCCAUGAGAUCGACAUGUAGCCGGUGAUAAUUCGUGAUGGAGAUUCAUAACUCCGUCAGACUUCUCUAACUAACAGCUUAGCUGCAGUAGCUCUCUGUCGUUAACUGUCAAAAUAAGACUACUUAACUCUAUAACUCACAGUCUGUCGAAGAACUCAGAUUUAUUUUCCUGGAACUCAUCUGCAAGGAUGGAUAUUUGAAUUUUAUGGCCAGAAGUUUGCUUUCAAACUCGUCUUUAAAAACUACUGAAACUUCUCUUCCGGAUCUCUGAGAGGCCUGUCCUGGUCUCCUCCUGAGAGGCUGUUACCAUGGCAUCGGCCAAUCUGAAGUACCUUUCUCUGGGGGUUCUAGUGUUCCAGACCACCUCCCUGGUGCUGACCAUGCGGUACUCGCGUACCCUACAGGGCGAUGGGCCGCGUUACCUGGCAUCCUCUGCUGUGGUGGUGGCCGAACUUCUUAAGAUUCUCACAUGCGUGGGGCUUGUCUUCAAGGAUAACAGUUACAGUUGCAGAGCGCUUAGCAGCAUUCUGAGGCAGGAGAUUCUUCACAAGCCUAUAGAGAUGUUGAAGCUGGCAAUUCCUUCAGGAAUGUACACGCUGCAGAAUAACCUGCUCUACCUAGCACUAUCUAACCUUGAUGCUGCUACAUACCAAGUGACAUACCAGUUAAAGAUCCUGACCACAGCUUUAUUCUCAGUGUCCAUGCUGGACCGUAGGCUUGGGGUGUACCAGUGGCUGUCUCUACUCAUUCUAAUGACUGGGGUUGCACUUGUACAGUGGCCAGCAGACUCCCCAUCAGACCCUAAGAAAGAGCAGAUGACUGCAGGCUCAGAGUUUGUGGGGUUGGUGGCUGUGUCGGUAGCCUGUUGCUCCAGUGGGUUUGCUGGAGUCUACUUUGAGAAGAUCCUUAAAGAGACCAAACAGAGUGUUUGGGUCCGGAAUAUCCAACUGGGCAUGUUUGGUCUGGUUUUCGGGAUCUUUGGGAUGUUGGCCUAUGAUGGUGCCAGAGUCCAAGAAAGUGGAAUGUUUCAGGGCUACAACACUCUCACCUGGAUUGUGGUUGCUCUUCAGGCUCUUGGAGGGCUGGUUAUAGCAGCUGUCAUCAAGUAUGCAGACAACAUACUAAAAGGCUUUGCUACAUCACUCUCAAUUAUCCUCUCCACAUUAAUUUCAUAUUUUUGGCUCGAGGACUUUGAGCCUACCAGUGUGUUCUUCCUGGGCACUGUGUUCGUCAUAGUGGCAACAUUUCUCUAUGGUUAUGAGGGCAAGCCAGCUCCCAACCCAAGCAAAGCAUGAAAGAGAGGGGAUGAAAAAGGGAUGCACAAUGUAAAAGUGGAGCAGAACAAAAGGAUGAAACAAGUGGAAGGACAGAGAAGAAGAGAGGAGGUAUAGAGAGGUGUAAAAUUUAUUGAUUCAAGGUUGGAUCAGUAGGCUAGGCCACUGCUAUGCAGUUCUGAGCUAAAGCACACUGGGUGAGAUGCUCUGGGCCUGAAGGAGAGACCGAUUAUGCCUUUGAGUUUCAAUAAAACUCUCUUUUAGAGUAAAAAGCAUACUCUUAUCAAUGGGUGAUGGAUAAAACCCUUUCCAAACGUGCCAUACUCUUUCAAAUGUUUCUUGAAGAACUGAAAAUGUUUUCUUUUUUUUUUGGACAAUCAGGAAUUAAACCUUUCUGAGAAUUGUAGCACAGAACUCCAUUCCAUAUCCAUUCCGAAGAGUUUGGCUUUUCUCAUUUGUCAUGAAUCGUUUGAUGUAUGUUCAUUUCUGUCGGGUGAUGGCUGCUUUCGGAUCGCUACAGUGGCUCGCAGUAAUUCACCACAAAUGAAACUUGAAUCUUGCAAAAACUUGUUUUGUGGAAUUUAGGUUGCUGAAGGGCUUGACCCAAAAAUUUAUAUCCUGUCAUAAUUCUUUACCCUUCAUUUUCCAAACCUGUACGAAUUUCCUCUGUGGAACACGAUAGGAGAUGUUAGGCAGAAUGUUAGCCUCAGUCACCAUUCACUUUCAUUGGAUCUACUUUUCCAUAUAAUGAAAGUGAAUGGUGACUGACACUAACAUUCUGCCUAAUGCGAUGCGACAAAUGCAAAUCGCUUCCAUUAUAAUCAAUGAUGCUGUCUACACUGGAUGUGUCUGUCGUGUCUUGCUGACAGUAAAUGGAUACACUGUACUAUUUUGCCAACAAGACAAAUUUAACACAUCCAGUUUAGACAGCCUCAGGGCAUUGCGACAUGACAUCACUCACGUCCGUUGUAGAUGGGAAGGAAGAAAGUCAUACAGGUAUGGAACAACAUGGGGGUGAAUAAAUAAUGACAGAUUUUUCAUUUUUGGGUUAGCUAUCCCUUUAAGUCCCAAAAAGAAGCUUUUAAUGUUAUUUUUAAUUGACUGGGUUGCUGGUUUAGUGUUGGUGCUGUAGAAAUGGAGAUAAAUAAUGGACCUUUUAUGAAUAUCAUGUAAACCUUUGAUGUAAUAACAAUACUGAUGAUAGUAAUGCUAGCCAGUCAGUUUGAGGAAUUACUCCACUGUCGUGAUUACAGAUUAUUUUACAUAUUACCUCUGUCACCAGGCAACUAAAAAUACUUGAGUUACUCCAUUAUAUAUGCAAGGAAGUGCAGUUUUAGCUACUUUGCACAGUGUGUGAAACUAUGUUAGUCACUGCUGAAGAGUAAUAUAAUAUAAAAAAGUUGUUUAAUUAUCAGUUUGUUUCAAACAUUACACACUUUCACCAGGGUAGCACUAAACUUAAAGAGGCUUGGCUUUUUUCAAAAAAAAAAAGGUGUAAUUACUGUAAAACAAUGCAUGCAAUCACAGAUUGAAAAAAACUGAUUAAAAAGGCAAAAGGAUUCUUCUGUUCCUACAUACAGUUGGUUCAGCUUUCAAACCUAUGUUUGUUUGAUCAGUCAUCAGUAAUUCAAACCACACUGUGAACCUCAAAAACAAUAAACUUCUACCAUGACCUCUGAAGACCAGCA